ACGGCGACUCGGAGAGGGGGGUUUUGGUAAAUUGCACGAUCGUCUUGGGAUCCACGUAUGGGCCCAUACCACAGACCGACCCUCGAAAGAACCAUCCGGGACCCUCCGAAGCUUCCAAGAUCCGCAUCAAAUCAUUUCUGGCGGUUUCGAAUUCAACCCUAGCUGUCCUUCCCCACAUAAAUGUACAGUACACAUGUGGCAUACGGGCCGUGGGGUUUCUGCUUCCUCUCCAGCCCAUUUCUACAACGAUGAUGAUGCGAAGAAUCGAGUACGGCUGGGGGAGGCCUGAGAUUGCUGUGAAUAUAUGUCAAACCCCGUUACAGGUGGUGGGUGGGUGAUCCAUGACGAUCGCGUCCAAUUGCACGGCUGGAGAGUCAUUAGAGCGGCCGUACGUCGCCAACGCAUGGGGUAAAAUACUGUAACAUGAUUUCCCGGCCGUCCAGAAGAGUGAGUAUGGUCGAAGCACAUGGUCUAUCCCCAGAACAGAAAAAGGCUUUCGACGACAAUGGUUAUCUAGUGUUACCGAACUUCUUCCCGCCGAAGGAUGCCCAGAUCUUGCGGGACAGAGCGGCAGUCCUGCUCAAGGAGAUGGAUUUGGACAGCCAUCCCAGAACCAAAUUUUCAACAGGAGAGACGUCUGCACAUGUUGGGGACGACUACUUUCUGAGCAGCGGGGACAAAGUUCGAUUUUUCUUUGAGGAGGAUGCUUUCGACAAGGACGGAAACCUGCUUGUAGACAAAACGCGAGCGAUCAACAAGAUUGGACAUGGCCUGCAUGAGCUUGAACCGGCAUUUAAGGCAUUCUCCUCCCGACCUGAAGUUCAAGGUGUUGUCCGCAGUCUAGGUUACAAGGAUCCACGCAUCCUGCAAAGCAUGAUGAUUUUCAAGCAACCCAAAAUCGGUGGAAAGGUGCCCCCGCACCAGGAUUCCACCUUCCUGUACACACAACCGUUAUCUGCGACUGGACUGUGGUUUGCGUUAGAGGAUUGCAACCCAGAAAACGGGUGCAUGUAUUUUGCCCCAGGAUCCCAUAAGCGCGUACCUGUACACAAGCGGUUCGUGCGAAAGGAGGGCGGCGGAACGGAUUUUGUGAAUCUCGAUAACAAAGAAGUAUCCCUGCCGUCGGAGGAUGAAUAUGUGUGCGAGCCAACGCCUGUUGGUACCCUUGUCUUGAUCCACGGAUCGGUGCUGCAUGAGUCCACGGCAAAUCGGUCUGACAAGAGCCGAUGGAUUUAUACCUUCCAUAUCAUUGAUGGAGCUGCCGAUUACCCUGCGGACAACUGGCUUCAGACACCUGGGAAGCCUUUCACAAAGGCGUUGUAGAGUGAGGUCAUAGGGCGUAGAUUGAAUAGCAUAUACCUUAGACUCGCAGUUUUUGCAAAUAGAGCAAAUGUGUUGUUUCACACCGCCCGGGAACUAAC